AUGAUUAAACUGAGUUAUACUGACACCCGAUAUUAGUAUUAGUCCACUUGACAGCCGCUGAUCAACAAGAACAAAACAUGAAAUGGAUUGACAUUUAUUACCGUUCCUGGGUUAGUAAAAUGCACAAAUAAAUUCACUCGAAAAUCUAGAAACUUGGUGAAAAAAAUCAGUGUAUUUCACUGACUACUUUCAAAAAGUCAUCUAGAUUAAUUGAAACUUUUCUAUAAGCACAUUUACACUCUAGUUUUUAUAUAAUUUCAUAGUUGCGUUGAUAUUUGACACUUGUGAAUUGAUCCACGAAAAUAAAAUGGCGGAGGAUGGUGGUAAAGUUGAAUUAAAAAAUGAUGAUACGGAAGGCAGCAUAAAUGAAAAUGAAAAUGAAAAUGAAAAUUUUGAAAUAAACGAUGACCAUGAACUGAAUGUAGGAUACAUAGAAGAAUAUUCAUACAUAGCCAGAAAACCAGAAAAUGGAACUGUACCUCAAAAUAUUUUAGAAUUUUUUCAUUCGUAUGCAUAUAAUUGUCGAAAGUAUUUCAAUCUUUGCGUAGCUGAUACAAAUACUAUUAUCUUUGCUUCUGGCAAUUUAAUUCACUUUUUCAAUGCAGCAGAAAAUAAAGUUUGGUUCAGAAGAGGCUCUAUGGGUGGUGGCAUUGGUCACAUAUCUAAAAAUCCUACUGCCGCACACAUUGCUGUAGGAGAGAAUGGAACAAAUCCUUUAAUAACCAUUUAUAAUUGGCCUUCAAUGAAAAUUGUAACCACUUUAAAGGGAGGUACAACUAAACGUUACUUCCAUUUGACCUAUAGUCCCGAUGGUUUAUUAUUAACUUCGCAAGGUGGAGAACCCGAUUACUAUAUUUCUCUUUGGAAUUGGAGAAAAUCGCAAAUUAUUUUGCAAUGUAAAUCCCAUGUUCAAGAUAUACAUAAUGUAACUUUCUCUAAAUAUAUUCCUGGCCAAUUAACAUCCUGUGGAACAGGACAUAUUAAAUUUUGGAAAGUAUCAAAAACUUUCACUGGGUUAAAGCUCAAAGGUGUAAUUGGUAAAUUCGGGAAUACAGAAAUUUCUGAUAUUAUAGCGAUUCAUCCAAUGCCAAAUGAAACAGUAGUCUCAGGAUGUGAAUGGGGUAACAUACUUCUAUGGGAUGAGAGUAUAAUUAAACUUGAAGCAUCUAGAAAAAAUAAACAACCGGCGCAUGCUGCUCAGAUAACUCAAUUUGAAUUCAUCAAUGGAGAACUCAUAUCAGUUGGAUCAGAUGGGUGGAUACGAUUUUGGUUUUAUGAAACUAUUGAAGAUGCUGACCUUCCUAGCGAUGAACAGUUACUUGAAAUACAACCAAUUUAUGAGUUUCAUAUUGCAGAGGGACAGGAGUCUCCUAAAAAAAGUGCAAUGCUCAUGAGCAUUCAGAAACAAGAGCCAGAUGAUCCAGAAAAAACGAUUUGGUAUGCCCAGGACGGACAUGGAGGAUUAUGGUUACUUGAUCUUUCCACCAGUACGAGACAUCAGGAGCAGAAAAAAAUUUUUACGUGUCAUGCUGGUCCCAUAGUGGAUAUGGAUACAGCAGAGUGGGGACCUUUUGUAGCUACACUUGAUGAGACUGGUCAAUUGCACAUUUACGAUUAUAUUGAAAAGAAAUUAAAUGUUGUGCAUACAUUUCAUGACAUUGGAACUCAAAUAGUUUGGCUUCCAUGCAAGAUUGACAAAACAGGCUUGACCUUGGUGUGUGCCUUUAAAAGUGGUGUUAUUCGAAUGAUAACAAUAGCAAUAAAAACAGCAAGUAUGGAAAGUAAUAUAAAAGGAGAUUACACAAGACUGAUUCAAGUUUUAAAACCACAUUCAAUGUCAAUUUCUGUAAUGACUUUCAAUGUUUCUUGUAGUUUACUAGUAACAGGUAGCAAAGAUGCUACAAUUUUUACGUUUAGCAUUCAUUCUACCAAUACUUAUCCUAAAAUUGUUCCUAUUGGGUAUGUGAAAGUUCCUUCAUCUGUUACUUGUAUGACAUGGCAUCCACAAGAAGAGGCAACUUUGUUAAUUGGAUGUGCGAAAGGAGAUUGCAUGGAAAUAUCAUUACCCAUCGCGCCUCAAUCAUACACAACUGCUUCUUAUGAGCUUGUCAAAUGUAAUUCUGUAGGAUUUAAGUUUGAAUCAAUCAAGUCUUCGAUAGAGAGAGAAAUAUUGAUAAACGAGUAUACAAAAGAAAAAGACAGAAGGCUUGUAGAAAAGAAGAAAAAAAUGGAAGAACUGAUGGCAGAAAAUCCUCAUGCUGUAAUUGAUGAAGAAGCAUUUCUUGAGUCGGACGAUGAAGAUAUGAUACUUCCAGAAAUUUAUAUUCCGGAAAUUCCAAACAAAAUUUUAGUGGCAGAGUAUAAUACCAGUGGGAAUAUAUGGCUAUUGAUGGCUGGUUUUGACGCGGGAUAUGUUUACGAAUAUCUACGUCCAGUGUCCAAAGAAAUGAGAAACAAUAAACCAGUUAGAAGUAGACUAAUCGAACAUGCAAAGGAUACAGAGAUUCACAAUUGUCUUUUUUACAAAAACAACAAAUAUUUAUUUUUGGGAACACAAUAUGGUGAACUGUAUGUUUGUAAAAUGAAGGAAGACGAUCCACUAGAUUUCUCAAAUUCUUGGAUUCUUCCUAUACAUGAUUACUACAAUGGACAUAUAUCUAAAAUGUUGCUGAGUUAUAAUAAGGAAAUGUUACUGACAUGUGGUCACGAUGGAAAUAUAUUUUCUUUUACAAUUAACGAUGAUCUACCUCAAGAAAGGGUAGAAAUACCAAAAGUGCAGCAUCCUUUACCUUUGCCUAAUAAUAUCGAAGACAUUGAAGAUGCUAACUAUCCUAAUUUGGAAGAGGUAAUUACUCAAAUGGAACGAAAUAAAAUGAUCGCGGCUGCAAAUAAAAAAAAGAAAGAAAUUUUACUAAUCAUAAGCGGCUUGACAGAGGAAUACGUCAAAAUCAUUGCUAGAAAUAAAAGUCUUCUGCCAUCGCAACAAAUACCCCAAUUUGUAUUGGAUCCCAGAAUUGUAGAAGACUUGGAGCAAUACUUAAAUGGGCAGAUAGCUUUAACACAGCAGAAACUAGAAUUUCAAGAGCAGAAAAGUAAACUAGAAUUACAGAAGCUUAUGAAUCACUUCAUUACACCUAUUACACAUUUACCUUUUAUGGUUUACAGUAUAUUAAAUGAAGAUCGAGCAGUGCAUUCUUUAAGAGAAUUGAAACUGAAUUUUGAUAACAUUUCGAAACACAUAGCGACGAAACAUGUUGAAGAACAGCAAAGAAUAAGCAGGAUAGUACGGGAAGAAAUAGAUGACGAAACACGAGAAACACAAGAGGAGGAAAUACAAUACUUAGAAGGUCUUUUAGCUGAAAACUACAGUGAUUUGACAACGGGAUUAGGAUUGCAAAUUAAUCAAAUGUUAUUAAAAUACAAAGAAAAGAAAAGGAAAUUAAUUCAACGACAAAAAGAAUGGCAAAAACUAUACGAUAGAAAACCAAAUUUAUCGAAAAGUCGUAUAGAGGAUGCAUCUUGUCUUGAAGAAACAAAAAGAACUAUCGGCGAAUAUAAUUUGAAGAUGAGUACAGGAUUUAAUUUAACUAUGAAAAAGGAAACUACUGCUACAAAAUACAAACAACUUUUAUAUUGUAGGAACAAGCUCCAUUCUUUGCGGGAGGAUUUCAAUGCGAAAUUAAAUGCAGUUAGAUCAGAAAAGCAAAGAUUGCAAAAAGAAGUGAUGAGAUUAAUGGAAAUUCUUAAAAGAAUUCACGCAGAAAUUCCAUUAAAAAGUAUAAAACCCUUACCACAGCUACCAAAGCUUAAUUUUGAUACUGAAUUUCCUGAGCAUAGUCUAGAGCUGGAGAGACAUAUGUCAAUGUCAGAAAAGGUGCAACAUGUAAAACGACAAAGACUGUCGAUAAGCAUGGUUCAACAAAUAGAUCCAUUUGAUUUAGAAUACGAAGUAUUAUUCUGUGAUGAUAGAACAGACCUCGGAGAAGAAAUAGAAAGCGUUUCUACUAUUCAUUCUGCUUCAAUGAAAAUAAAAGAUCAUUCACCUACUCAAACCACUUUAAAUCGUACUCGAAAUUCAAGCACUGCUCAAACUCUAUGGGAACGUGAAAUGAAACGCUCUCGAAUGUGGCGUAAAAUAUACGAGCAAGAUUGUAUUCUACGCUAUAUUAAUGAUAAUUAUGAACAUUUAGAGCGCAAAUUAGAUGAAUUAGAAGAAUAUAGACUCGAUGUUAUAUAUCAAAGCACUUACAUGAAUCUAAAUUUGUUAACACUUUACGAAGAAUUUAUUGUUCUCAAGGAAAGUGAAUCAAUGGAAUAUAAACUCGAAGAAGAAGUUAAUCAAACGACAAAUAAACGUGUCACAGUGAUGUUAAAAAUGCAAACUGCAAAUGUCAAAAUUGCGACACGAGAAGACAAAAUUCGGAAAUUGCAGACAAAGAUAAAAGAUGUUAUUGCUGAAUUUACGAAAGCUAUAACUGGAAACAAAUUUCACGAUUUUCUUCAAAAAGUAUUUAAAACAAAAUACAAAGCUGCAAGACAAACAAAUGGUUCUUUGGAUUCAGUUACACAGUCAUCAGAUACUAGUUCUGAAGAUACGGAUACUUCAGUAGAUUCUGAUACCAAACACAUUCCAUUCGAUGAAAAUAUAUGUCCACCGGGAUGUGAUAAACAGUUGUAUGAUAUGGCAUUCUCCAUGAGAGAAAAACGAUAUAUGUACGAACUUCAAAUUAAGGAGGAACAGAGAGAAAUAGAAAUAUUACAAAAAGAAUUGGACACUGAUUCAAAAAAUUUAAGAGUUAUCGAAAAUAACUUAAAAAGCAAUUUAGAAGAUCUAGAAGCUUUCAUGUUGGAAAAUCAGAGAAAAUUAAACAACAUAGACGUGACAGUUGUAUUGAGGAUUCAUCAAUUGCAACACAUAUCAGACUCUGGAACUAUUACAGCAAUUGAAGAUUCUGUCAUUUUUAAUAAAAAGGAAUUAUCAAAUUUAUAUGCCAGAGUUGGGAUAUUGCAAAGGGAAACUUGCAAUUUGGAAGAAGAACGCAAAAAAAGUGAAGCACAUCUUAAAAGAAUAAAACUGGAUUUGAAAUACAUGGAAACACAAAAUAAGAAGUUAGAAACAGAAAUUAAGGAGAAAAUGAUAGAAAAGUUUGGACAAAAAGUAUCUUUAAUCAGCCUUUUUGAAACUGUUUUACAAAGAUUGAUUUAUGAUACCAAGACUGGUGUUCGCACAAUCAUGAAAAACUUUAUUGACGAAGUUAAAAAUAUUAAACAGGACUCCAGUGAACAACUAAGGGUUUUAGCAGAUUUGAUUAGAAAUAAUACUGAAAAAGUUAAUUUGCUGACAUUGUUGGAACAAGAAAAGUUUAAGCUUAAAGAAAUUUUGAACCAAAUUCCAACUUCGGAAGAAAAUAUGUUACAAAUAGAACUUGAGCACGAAGCUAACAUAACAGCGCUUGAAAGUAUUCUACAGAGUCAAAUUCAACAGAAACGUUUACUUCAAUAUGAUGUAGAAAACCUUAAAACUGGACCAAGAAGAUCACUUUCAAUGUGUUUGAAGGAAAGUGUGCCAUAGAGACAAUUAGUUUUAGUUUCAACAAUUGAUAAAAUAAUUAUUUUAUCUAUCUCUAAUUUUAUUCUUUUAAGAUGUGCUUCGUUAUUUCUAUCUUAUUAUUUGUAAAAAUGAAAUAAAUAUUAUGAUGUUUAGCUCAACAAAUUUUUAAUG